AUGGAUCUAGAAAUGCAUAAUACGACGUUAGACACGAUAUAUCCUCGCGAAGCGACGAUAAUGGCAGCUGCUUGCGCUUGUAUUUUUAGUAUAGUUGGUGUUUUAGGCAACUUCAUAACAACAGUGGCUCUUCUAAUGCACCCAAAGCUCCGCGGACACGUCACCACCAUGUUUGUGUUAUCUCUCUGCGUGUCAGAUCUCUUGUUUUGCAGCAUCAAUCUACCAUUGACGGCGAGCAGGUACAUAAAACAACAGUGGGUGCUCGGCCCACGCUUAUGUCAAAUGUUCGCCUUCGUGUUCUACGGCAACGAGGCGGUGUCACUGCUCUCUAUGGUUGCUAUCACUAUCAACAGGUAUACAUUGAUAGCGUACUACGACAUGUACUCGCAAAUCUAUACCACAACUAAGAUAUGGAUUCAACUGUUACUUAUAUGGCUGGUGUCCUUCGGCCUAAUGAUACCACCACUUCUCGGCAUCUGGGGUCAAUUGGGCUUAGAUCCAAAUACAUUCUCCUGCACGAUUUUACCUAAAGAGGGUAAAAGUCCUAAAAAGUACUUAUUUGUGUUUGGAUUUGCUUUACCAUGUUUGGUCAUCAUAGUGUCCUACUCCUGCAUAUACUGGAGAGUGAGGGAGAGCAAGAGGAAGCUGGAAGGACGCAGCAAACUCAGCGGUCAGACGGCAAGAGAGAAGGAAGAAGACUCACGUCUAACAACGCUGAUGUUGACAAUAUUCCUGUGUUUUCUUGCUUGCUUCCUUCCCCUAAUGAUAAUGAAUGUUGCCGACGAUGGGAUAACUUAUCCAUGGCUUCAUAUCAUCGCCUCAAUACUCGCCUGGGCUUCCAGUGUAAUAAAUCCGUUAAUAUACGCAGCUACGAAUAGACAAUAUAGGGCCGCGUUUGUUAAUUUACUUAAAAUAUGCAAAAAUAAUCCCGUAGCUCGAAGAACGACGUGGGGCAGUCGAACUGUCGGACAUUCCUCAAAUUCCCCGCAUUGUAUUGAUAAACGAAAUUUAAAAGAGAAACCUACGAAAUUG